GGACUUCCUGUGAGCCAUGGCGCCGUUUCCCCUUGGUAUUUCUAUGCAAAUGAAGCGCCUCCAUUCAUGCGCGUGCGGUCCGUAGUAGGACAUGCGCAGUGCGGAGGAGUAAAGCGGACAGAAUUUGAAGAAGUUUCAGACGGAUCAACCAGAGAUGUUUGGAUUUCAUAAAUCCAAGAUUUAUCGCAGCCAUGAAGGCUGCUGCAUUUGCAAGACCAAGUCCUCGAGUUCCCGGUUCACAGACAGCAGCAGAUACGAGGAAACCUUCCGCCUCUGCUUCGGUUUAUCUGAAGAUCGUGUUGGUGACAUCUGCAAUGCCUGUGUACUCCUCGUCAAGCGAUGGAAAAAGUUACCUCAUGGAUCUAAGAAGAACUGGAGUCACGUGGUGGAUGCAAGAGCAGGACCUGGCUUCAAGCUGACAAAACCCAAGAAAGUGAAGAAUAUCGACGGGAAGAAGAAAAGCAAGCUGAAGAAGCUGCACAAGUUUAAACGGCAAAAUUCUGAUGCCCACAGCACUACAUCAAGCAUGUCUCCCUCUCAGUCUCCCAGCCACAGUAACCAAUCAGAUGAAAACUCAGACAUUGAGACCAAGCAGAGGCGUCCGACGCCAGCAGGCUUCUCAUUUCUUGACCUCUCCUACUGGAAAAGACAGAAAGUGUGCUGCGGCACUAUAUACAAGGGGCGCUUUGGUGAAGUAAUCAUCGACCCUCGCUUCUUCAAGCCCUGCUGCACCCCUAAACAGCAGCAGCAGCCACCAGCAGUGACGUCACCUGCCCCAGACUCCUCGUGCCCUGCUGACACGCUGCCAUCUCCUCUCGCAGAGGAUUUAAAGGAGGCCUGGUGACUUCACACCCACCCCCCCCACCCCAAGCGUCUCCUCGAGGCUCACUUGCUUUGUCUCCAGUGGCAGACUCUAUCAUUCCCACAAGACUGUAUAAAUUCCAAGUCUUUUUUUUUUUUUUUUUUCCCCCCCCAUUUGUUAUACAUUUUCAUUUAUUAUUAUUAUUAUUUUUUUUUUUAACAAACAAAAAGCUAUUAAAUGUACUGCGGGCAUUAGGAAAUAUUCAUAGAUUCAGGACAAAUUGACGGUUUAAGACGUGUAAUCAAUUUUGUAUUUUUUUUUUAUAUAUAUAUAUAAAAAAUAUAUAUUUUUGGCACUGUAAAGUAUUUAGCAUUUUCUAGUGCUUUGUAAAUAUUUUUUCCCUAAUUCCAGUGCAUCAAAAGCCUCCUAUCUGGCUUCUAGUUUCCUGUGUGUAAAUUGAGUUAUUAUAAAUGUUCAUAUGGCAUAUUGCUGUGUCCCUGAGGUUGCAUGUGUUGAUGAAAUGGUUAUUAGAAAUUAUUAUUUUUUUUUUUAAACAAAUCAGCUCCGCCAUGUCUACAAGCUCAUUUGGUAUGGAUGUGCUGGUGGAGCGGGCAGUUUUAGAACAUGCUGUUUUGGUUUGGUUUAAACGGGGGAUGAUUUAAUAAAUCACUCGGUGAAUAUAGCUCAGUUUAUAUCCAUUAAAUGCAUGCGUGUUUAAGCUCACAUUCCUGGUAUCUUUUUAUUAACAAAAACCACAGAAUGCAGGCCAUAAACCCAAUCCAAAAAUAAACGUGCAUGCUAAUAUUGAUAUUUGAAAUGAUAUUUAUUAUAGCAUGCCAUGUCAGCAUGUGCUAAAUGCAUCUUAGGUAGUAUUGGUUAACAUAUAGUUUGAUUGUGAUUUUAUAUUUAAAAAUAUUGCUCAAUAAUUAUCACUACAGAUUUUAACAGCAUUUGUUGAUAGUGAUUUUAAAGAAGCUGUAUGUGUAUUGGUAGCUGCUUCUCAUUCUAUUGUAAAUGUACAAAAACCCAGCAAUAACUGAAUGCAUCAUGAUAGCGUGCAGCUUUUAAAUCAUACAAUGUGACGGCUUUUCGCCUUUGUGCAAAAGACGGGUUUUAUUUCUACUCAGGCAGCUUCUAAUCCGAAGUAAUGGUGUGAAGAGAUUCACGUUGAAACGACACGUUUAAAAUGUUUCAUUUGUGUGAAAUAAGAAAUUACUAACACAAUAAUUCAUUGUAUUGGAAUGACUUAAUAAACAGCAAUAGCUCUCUGGUUUCCAGAUCAAACAGCUGGCUAUUUACAUAAU